CCGACAUCUACUCUUCCAUUUACUGACACUACACACCUCACCCUUAAGAUCUUCUAGCCAUUAGCGGAUAUUGUCUAUCCCACCAAACACAUUCCUCUCUCAGACAGACAACAAGAAAAAAAAAAAAGACGAACCCACACAAUGGCCACAGAAGACGACCCCAUCAUCUCCUCCUACGACAUCACCCUCAACGACUCCGACAUCUCCCGCUACGUCCUACAAUACCUCGACCGCCCCGCCGGCCACAACUACGACGACCGCCACGGGCAAAAACCCACCUCGUUGCGCCUGAAGCCCCGCACGGGCCUCGUCGAGGUCGACGUCCCUGUCAAUACGCGCGUUAACUACGAUGUCGAGAAGGGGUUGAGGAUUCAGACUCCGGAGGAGGGGGAUCCGGUUUAUAUGUUGGCUGCUUUUAGGGAUGGCAAUUUACAUCUCUCCCCCGUCACGGCUGUCGUGCAGCUCCAUCCGCAGCUGCAUCAUCUGGAUGCGUUGGAUGAGAUCCCUGCUAAAGGCCGAGGUGGGAAGGGCGCUCGGAAAGAAGGGGAGGAAGAGAGGCAGGCUGAGAGCGAAGCGCGGGCGAUCGAUGUCAAGAUCAAGGCUGCCGAGGAGGGCGGUGCGGCGGUGGUUGCGGGCAACCUGGACCUUUUGAAGAAGAUGCAGGAUGAGAAGUGGGGGCGGUAUGAGUGGGUUGAUGCUGAGACGGAGGAAUCGUGGGACGUGUACGAGAACUUCAUGAUGCAUCAGGAUGUGGAGAAUCUACCGCAGCUCGAGUCGGCGAUCAAUAGCGAGGAAUAUCUGGAUCGGAUGAGUGCGCCUCGAAUUGAUCCUGCGCGGCCGGAGAUGACGGGGUGGGCGAUGAAGCAGAACCGGUCGACGCAGCGUGGGUAGGAGAGUAUUAUAGUGUCGCAUUACGAGAUUUUCAUGAUUGUACUGUUCUUCUGGGUGUAUAUAUGUGUUUAGUUGUCUCUUCCAUUCAAGAAC